GGUUAGGACAAGUCUCCUCUCCCCAGUCUACAGUGUCGGGUGGGGGGGAUGUGUACCAGUGGUGUUCCAGCCAGCUCCAGCCAUGGGGUCAGCCGGUCGGGCUCCUCGUAUGCCCUGUGUGCCCUUGGGGUGGGACUCAUAGCCCUGGGCAUCAUCAUGAUUGUGUGGUCAAUGGUUCCCGGGGAUGCUACCCAGACAACCAAGACUCCAGGCAACUCCAGUAUAACAGUGCCAGCAGACCAUGGUGAGGAUGGGGAUGGCGAGGAAGACAAGGAAGCAGUGAAGACCUUAUCAAUAGCCUAUGUGCUGGUGGGGGCAGGGCUGGCCAUGCUGCUGCUGUCUAUCUUCCUGGGGGUGAGGAACAAGCGGAGGAAGCACCAGAGAAGACAAGAGACACAGGCCGUAGGAGUCCGCUUCGUGGACCAUGUGGCUGGGGAGGCAGGAGAGAAUUUAGAUGAGCCAGUCCCAGUCUACAACGUGCCCAGCUAUGAGGAGGCGGUCACCAGUGGCCAGUUCCCCAUCCGCCAGAGCAACUUACGCCAGAGCAACUCCCAGCUGCCUUCCUACGAGGACCUCAUCUGUGCUGUGGAAAACGAGGGGGAGGGACCAAGUGCUGCCCCAGUUAAGGAGGCUCAUCCUAGCAGUCCCACUCCUGAGCCCCAGCCCGCCGCUGCAGCCAACCCCCACAGUGUAGGCCGGGCCAGCCGGAUACUACGGCCCAACAGGGUACGCAGAAUCAAGUCUGAGAAACUCCAUCUGAAGGACUUUCGUUUUAACAUUCGCAACCCUACUGAUGCGAAGGUGACCAUUGAACCAAUCACUCCGCCACCACAGUACGACGGCAAGAUACCUGAGUUCUGACAGCGCCCCCUAUAGCCUGGGAGUACUAAUAGCAUUGUUUCAAUGUUGAGUAAGACAACACUAUUGCUGGAUCAGAUGUCUAAUAAUAAUAAUGAGGCCUAGCUGUGAGUGUUCCUCCUUCACCCUGGGGCAGACCCAGACAUUGUUGCUUUGAAUCAAGUUGUUUCUCAGCUCCAUUUUGACUCGUUUAUAGACUUAUUUAUUCAGGGGCUUAUUUUCCUCUCUGUUUAGAACACGGUGGCUGUGUUUUUAACUAUCGCCCUACAGAAGGCUUGACGGGGUGCUACGCCACUGCUUAUAACAUAAAUUAUCCAACUCAGGGAGCCAGCUAUGCAUUUGGUUUGCUAACUUGCUAAGUGGCUGGCUUGCAAGUUCAAGCUUCUUGGUUAUAGCAGAUAGUCAAUACCUCCUGGAUCAAGAUCCCUGCUACCUAAAUUUGUUUUGUGCGUCAAAAUUAUAUGAUUUCAAAUUACUUUUUUUACAUUGGGAAAGAACUAGCACCCCUUGUGUGCACUGCCGGUAAUACUGUAUAUCACGGUAUGGUGCAGAAACGGUGUGAAGGUGGACCUGGAUACCGCACAACCCUGCCCUGCAGGACACACUGCACCAAAUACCCUAGUUUCAGACUCCUAAUGAUCCUUACACCUCUGAAGCCACUUCC